AUGGUGAUUUCAAGUUCCAUUGGAAACUUAACAGCCCUUGUCAAUCUUGACACAUCGGACAACCAACUUGAUGGGAAAAUCCCAAACUCAUUGGGAAACCUUUGUAAGCUGAUGGUUCUCGAAUUUUCGAGGAACAAUUUUAGCGGAAGCAUUUCAGAAAUAUUUGAAAGCUUGUCUACGUGCAGUUCAGGGCGCAUUGAGUUAUUGGGUCUAUCAGAUAAUAAUCUUUCAGGUUAUCUGUCUCAGCUUGGUAACUUCAAAAAUUUAGGCUCGCUUGACUUUUCAAGUAAUUCAAUAUCAGGUCCGAUUCCAGUAUCUUUGGGAAAUCUGUCAUGCUUAGAAAGUUUGGACAUUGGUAACAAUCAAUUAGAGGGUGUUGUCUCCGAAGUUCAUUUCACCAAUCUUACAAAACUGAAAUACUUUUAUGCAAGCGAAAAUUCGCUGACUCUGAAAACUAGUCUAGAUUGGCUUCCUCCCUUCCAACUAAACACCUUGUUUCUAAAUUCUUGGCAUCUAGAGCCAUCAGAGUUGCCUGCAUGGCUUCAAACUCAAACAAAACUGUAUGCUCUUAACCUGUCAAAUACAGCUAUUUCAGGAAAUCUUUUGGUUGGAAAAAUCCCUUCAAAGAUUGGUGAUAUGAGAUGGUUGGAAUCUCUCGAUCUCUCGAGGAACAAACUUACUGGUCAGAUUUCUCCAAGCAUGUCAAAGUUAACAUUUCUAAGCAACUUGAACUUGUCCAACUAUCUGACAGGACACCAGAGCACACAGCUUUCAGAGCCUUGA